UAAAAUAUAGCGAACACUUUACAAAAAAUCUAUUCUGGAGAAUAUUCGUUACGCCGUAACGAACAUUCGCUGUUUAGCGCAGAGCAAACAUUGACAACAUUGUAAAAAUGUUUAAAUUUUACCCGUGUCCUAGGAACCACAAGAGGUGACACAUAGGAGUGACAAUUCAAUAAUUUUUUUUAAUUAUUUGUAUCGUGUUUAAUAAAUAUAAAUGGAUAAACAGAAUAAUAAAAGGGGAGCAAAAUGCUCCGAAAAACAAGUGAAGAUGUUGGUAGAGUGUGUAAAAUCUCGGGAGGAGUUAAUAAGUGGAAAACAUUCCAGCAAGUAUACAUACAGAGAUGGGCAAAAUGAAUGGGACCAUAUUGCCGAAUUAUUGAAUGCCAUUUCUGGUGCCCAUAAAAAUGGACAAGGUUGGCGAAAAUGCUGGCACGAUUUAGAAUCCAGGACAAAAUGUAAAGAAGGAGCUAAUAAAAAAGAGUUCAGAAAAACAGGUGGUGGUCCCAGUCAGAGUCAAGCCUUCUCCAGCAUUGAAGAGGAUAUCCUCCAAAUUAUUAAGCCCGUGUCAAUAGAAGGGCACAAUGAAAUUAUGGAGUCGGAUGUGUCGUUUCACCAUUCGGCUGCUACCUCGUCUGCUGAGAUGGUUUUAGAAGCGGAUGAAGAAAUUCCAUGGGCGGCAGGCUUGGACGAACCUUCAACUUCUACUUCUCCACCAACAGAUUCCAUCAACGAAACUGUAUCUUUUGUAUCGAAAUCCGUUUCAAGCAAUAAAAAAUUGAAAAAAAUUCCAAAACGGGUAACACAGUUAAUGAAUUCCGCAAGUGCAACACAAGCAUACAAUGAGAAUUUGGUUAAGAAAUUAACAAUGAAAGAAGCUUAUUAUAAAAUGAAAAUUGAAUGUUUAAACAAGCGGCAUGAUUUAGAAGUAAGAAAGGUGGAAGCUAUAGAAAAGAUAGCACAUGCUUUGACAAAUUUGUCCCAAAAUAGGUUUUAAUGUUGAAAUAUUGUUUAGUUAUUGUGUUUUUUUGUUACUGCCUUGUUUCCUAUCAAUAAAUUAAUAAAUCUAACU